AUGAACGAUCAGCUGGCAGGCCUGGGGCUGCUGCUCUUCAGCAUCAGUGUCUUUGUUUACUACACCCUCUGGGUCAUUGUGCUGCCAUUUGUUGACUCCGACCACGCCGUCCAUAGCUACUUCCUUCCGCAAGAGUAUGCCAUUGCCCUACCAGUGGGGGCCCUUGUGCUGCUUCUGAGCUUCCUCCUGCUCUUCCUGGGGAUCCUGAUGGUUAGAAGCAGGUUAGGAAAGAAGAAGAAAGCCUAG